AUGGGGGAGUCGGGGCGGGGGGCGGGAUCGGAGUGGGGGCGCCGGAACGGGGAUCGAGGGCUCCGGUAUGGGAUUGGGGAGUGUGGGCUGUCGGACCGGGAUGAGGGACGUGGACAGAUGGAGGGGAGCUGCGAUCACCGAGUUCUCCAAGGGGCUGCUGAUGACCAAGAGAAUGGUGCUGGCAGAUCCAGGACUGAGCCUACCCCCGCCGCCAGGGACCCCUUCUCUCCCUUACUGGUGUUAGAUUUGAGUCACACUGGCCUCCAGCAGUUAGGGGAGGUCUUCAGAGUCCCCAACUUGAAACAAUUGCAUCUUCAGAGAAAUGCCCUCUGUGUGAUUCCGCAAGACUUCUUUCAGUUACUGCCCAAACUGAGCUGGCUAGACCUCCGGUUUAAUAAGAUUAAAGCUCUUCCUUCGGGGAUUGGAUCGCACAAGCAUUUGAAAACGUUACUUUUAGAACGAAAUCCUAUCAAAAUGUUACCUGUGGAACUAGGGAACUUGAGCACACUGAAAGCCCUGAACUUGAGACACUGCCCCCUGGAAUUCCCUCCUCAACUCAUUGUGCAGAAGGGGUUGGUAGCCAUUCUGACCUUCCUGCGGAUCUGUGCUGUAGAGAACUCCUUGCCCAAAGACGUUAUUUCCAAAGAAGAAAUGGUGUAUUCCCCGGAGCCGAAGGAGGCGCUGCUCAAAGAAAAGGUGGGGUUUUUCCCACCAGUUGGAAAGCUGAACUUGAGUGAAUUCAGGAUAUCUAGUUACUCUCCGGAGGAAUGGGCAAGUGAGGAGGAGAUUCGGCGCUUCUGGAAGCUGCGGCAGGAGAUUGUGGAGAAUGAGAACACCAAGGAGGUCGCCAAUCAGCUGCUCCCCAUCGAACUGCCUCCCAACCUCAAGGCUGCGCUCAGGACGAAAACGAAAGAGCACCCGAAGUCCAGACACACUUUCAGGAAAAUGCCCAGCUUCAAGAACACCCUGCCCAACCUCUCCUCGACGUUCGAAACAAUGAUCCAAGCCAAGAGAGUGGAAGAGAGUCGCAUGGCGGCCCUCAGAGAACUGAGAGAGAAGCAGAUACUGAUGGAACAGCAGAGGAGAGACAAACAAAUUCUGCAGGAGUGGAGAGGGAGACUGCGGAAUGAAAAGGAGGAGCUCUGCGGGCUCCCGCAUCCGCGGAGGAAUCUGGUAGCAUUGAGGAUUCCCUUUGCCCCGGAUCUGAUGGAGAAUGAGAGAGCCCCAGUGAAUCCACCAGGAAAACUGAAACAGAGCAAAGACAAGUCAUCACAAGUGAGCAAGGCACUGAGGGGCCGCCAGCGGUCCUCCAUUGGCUCCAAAGUGCAGAAACCUGGCCAGAACUGGGUUCUGUUUGGGCAGGGCCAGCCUUUACUGCUCCCCUCUAACCUGGAACACCAGGUGAAAGGCUGUCUCUCGGUCACACACGUGGGACCUGAGCAACAGUCAGCCAAGAAGCUCCAGGAAGAAGUCAGGAGACUAGGACUGCGUCUGAACCAAGGACAGCAGCUCACAGCUCUCCCUGGGCACCUUCCACUUCACUCCCACGCCCAGUUCCUUUGGGCUGCCACGGCCGCCAGCUGCCUGGAGCGCCCUUCUUUCGGCCUCAUCCUCACCCUUAUAAAGUCGGCGGUGAGGCCCUCUGGGCCAUCCCUGCUCUGUGCGACCGCCGCAGGACCGAGGUUCGGUAGUCCCGGCGGCGCCAGGGGCGGUGGCCUUGGCGCUGGAAGGUCCCGAACUGGGCGCCGCCCUCUUGUCGCCCGGGAAGGCGCCGAGCGCACGAGGGUCGUCCAUCAGAUCAGCUUCCUGCGCGCCCGGGGACUUCCUCUCCGCAGUGCUCUGGAGCCGCCAGCGCCCAGCGCGGGGGCGCUGCGGGACCUCAAUACCCCGGGCGCCCGACUCCGGGCAGGCCCCAGGAGGGGAGACCCCGGAGGAUUCCUCACUCUCGGGGUUGCCCGGUCGCCCCCCGGCACACAGGGCGGAGCUGCAGCCCGCGGAGCCCCGGGGUGGGACGUAGACCCUUCCCCGGCCCUGUGGAGGGGGCUCCGCAUUGCAUUCGCAACCCGACUCUGGAAGCAAGUCCAGCGCGAGUCUGCGUUUGCGUGCCGGGCGGCCGACGUAGAGACCGACCCAGGUCCGCCAGCCCGCCCGGCCCGGCCCGGAGCGCUGUGA